AUGCAUGGAAGGAUAAAAGGAAAGCAGUGCUCUCUAAGACUGAGGUUGACUGGGCUCCAUCCUCACAGCCAGCUCCCCCACCCAAGGCUGGGACUUGUUGAGAAUGUCACGUCAAUCUUCAAGGAGUAUCCGAUCUGCAGCAGCGCCGACCUCAGCCACCAGCUGCAGUCGGUGAAAGGCACGGGCCUCUUUGUCAGAGAUGAGAAUAGAUUCAUCUUCAGCAAGGUUCAGGUUGGGCAAGAGGCAGAAGCCCAUUUCAGUAUCUGCAAUGCUUGCCGUCUGCCAUGUGACGUGGCCCUCUCCAUCAAACCCCUGCCUGGAGAGGAACAAAGCCUUAUCAACAACAUUUUCAAGCUGGAUCCAGUCAAGAUGUCCAUUCGUGGCUCGUCCUCUGCCGUUGCUACGGUGACCUUCACUCCGCCAGACAAGCAGAGCUACGACUGCACCUUUGAGGCUUCCCUUGAGAUGCCCAAGGGGUAACUGACCCUGUGAAAUAUUGGGGGAGGCCUCACUGAUAGCUGCCUCUCUCUCCCCUGGGAAGGCACAGGCCUCUUGUUAGCUGUAAUGCUUUCAGUAGCCUUAGGCAUGAGAUGAUCUGGGAGUAACUCUUAGAGUAGAAAAAUGAGGCUGAUGGUUUAUUCUGUAUGAAGAACUGUCAAGACAGGGAAAUACUAGGUAGCCAACUGGAAGUUACCCAGAUGUGCUGCAGCUGACCUGGGCGUU